CCGAGCUGGUGCAGUGCAAAAACGCUCGCUCAUCCUCACCGAUGGUGUGCAGAACAAGGGGGACAUAAAGAAAUCUUCUGAAACUAAAAAAAACAUUUUUUUCUAAGCAUAAGAGAAAUCCACCACAAAAAAAAAUCAUCAUGAGCUACGAUUCCUUCUACUCCUACCGCCGCCCCUGGGACGGCUACAGAGGAGGCUCCCAAUCCACCACCAAGUCCUCCAUGUCGUCCUCCCUCUUCUCGUCUCCUCGGGCUCCUCCGGCCGCGAAGAGGAUCCUCAGGCUGGCGUCCUCUUCUCUGCCGGACGGGUCGGAGAGGAUGGACCUGACUCAGGCCAGCUCCCUGAACACCGAGCUGCUGGGGCUGCGCUCCCAGGAGAGGGAGCAGCUGGUCGACCUGAACGACCGCUUCGCCACCUACAUCGAGAAGGUGAGGCGCCUGGAGCUGCAGAACCGAGCGCUGCAGGCCGAGCUGGAGGCGCUGAGGAGGCGGCAGAACGACCCGUCUCGUCUGCGGACGCUCUACGAGGGGCAGGCGAGGAGCUUGAGGGCCAUGAUAGACUCGGAGAACGGGGACAAGAUGCGCAUGGAGGCGGAGAGAGACUACCUGCGUGACGUGUACGAGCAGAUGAAGGAGCGGUGCGAGGAGGAGGCGAGGAGGAGGAUGGACGCAGAGGAGGCCCUGCAGAGGGCGAGGGAUGACUCCGACAGGGCCGUGCUCGCCAACUGCGACGUCGAGGCCUCGGUGGUGUCCCUGUGCGACGAGCUGGCGUUCCUGAAGAAGGUGUUCGCCGAGGAGCAGGCGGAGCUGCAGGCCCAGCUGCAGGUGGCGAGCAUCAGCGUGGACGUGGAGGUGUCCCGGCCCGACCUCUCCACCGCCCUGCGGGACAUCCGGGCGCAGUACGAGCGGCUCGCCAGCAAGAACAUGCAGGCCGCCGAGGACUGGUACAAGGGCAAGUUCGCCAGCGUGGCGGAGAUGGCGAGCAAGAACAACGAGGCGGUGCACGCCAUCCGAGAGGAGACGAUGGAGUACCGGAGGCUGCUCCAGUCUCGCUCCUCGGAGAUCGAGGCUCUCCGGGGCGUCAUCGACUCCAUGAACAAACAGCUGGAGGACCUGGAGGAGACGCAGGCGAAGGAGGUGACCAAGUACCAGAUAAGGAUCAGUGAGCUGGAGCGAGACAUCACCGACGCCAAGCACGAGAUGGCGCGCUACCUGAGAGAGUACCAAGACCUCCUGAACGUGAAGAUGGCUCUGGACAUUGAAAUAGCUGCGUACAGGAAACUCCUGGAGGGGGAGGAGAUCCGACUGGCGUACCCUUCCCUUCCAGCCCUAAACUAAACAAUGCCUCCAGCCUGGCAUUAACCUGAAUUCUUCACCCCCCCCAACCUGAACAUCCUCAUCUACUCCCUUCUUUCACCUCCUCCCUGCCCCUAAAAAUAUCUCCUUCUUCUUCUUCUUUACUCCCAACAUCCAACAUCCAAAGCUCAUCCUUCUCAAGACAGAUGCGCCCUUGUGCUGAACAAGAGGUCCACCAGAAGUCCCCCUUCUUCUACACACGUUGUGACACCUCAUCAUGAAGACGGAGUGGCUGCACUGCAUUACUCACAAAAAAAGCUACGCCGGACUGCACCAUUGUUUUGGUUUUGGUUCUUCAGGGGGCGGCACAGGUUAAGGUCCAAGAAGCAGAGUUAGUGUUUGAGCCGUCCGAACCCCCCUCGCCGUGCAAACAUCUGACCAAGUGUUUGUGAAGGGGGGGGACAACACAAAGAAUCCGUUUAUCUCUCGCUGCUUGGACUUUAUCUGUGUUCAAACUGAUGCAACAAACCUGCAAACCAAUCAAUUCUGCAUUGUCCCGCCCCCCCCUCCCGCCCCCCUCCUGGUUCUGCAGUCGUAGUCAGUGAACCAGUAACCUUAAACGUUUUCUUUUAAACUAAAUUCAAUUAGAGAAUCAUUUUUUUGUCCUCUUUUUGUUAUUCUUCCGCUGCAUUUACAUCCACACAAACACCACGGUGAGUUUGUGUCUUUGACCGAUUGGCAGUUUGUUUAAACAUCUAAAAAAAUAAAAAAAUGAAGUGUAAGUAGAUUUUCUUGCAGCAUGUAAAUGUAGUGGAAGAUGAAUAGUUACUGGGUUCUCCUUAUAGUCAUGCAGUGUGUUUCACAGGCCUUUCUGUUUUUUGUUUUUUUUCUGUUCCGUGAUUUCAUUCCAAGCUAAACGACGAAACUGAAAGAAAACGUGCAGGAGCUCCUUGUUGUCUGUCCGCUGACGUUAGAGGUCAACGUUCACUUUUAAAAUCUGAGAAACUAAUAAAUUAAAAAGUCUGCACCAUCACACUUGGUGUACCUGUAACAGCAAAACAACAAGCUGAAUAAAACUUAAAACUGACCUGCAAAUCA